UGGAUUGAAGCACAAAAAGCUGGUACGAAGAUAUAAGAGCUCAGUGCAUCAACUACAGUCUUCAUCUCAAACAUUUUCUCUAUGUCUCAAUCCAGUCUCUCAAACUCGACUAACGCUCCCAUUGUGCCUAUUGCGAGUGCAGGGACCAAUGUUUCUGGUGAUAAGCCAGCAAGGGUCAUGACUAUCCAGUCUUGGGCCAAGCGCGUAAUGAACAUUGUUCUUAUCGGCGAAACCGGUGUCGGAAAGACUGCCAUGUUGAACCUUCUCGCGAACGUAUGUGCCGGAGUCCCAAUGGAAGAAUUCGAGGAGAAGAACGAGCUUAAUAACGAGGAAGGUGGAAGCACAGCUGGUAGCCAAACCAAUAAGCCGCGCUUCUACAGUAUCACCAGUGCGAAUGGGCACAAGGUCAACAUACUCGAUACACCUGGUCUCGCUGAUACCCGCGGUAUAGACAAGGACAAGGAGCAUCAGGCAGCCAUUGCUGAAGCUAUCAAGACAAAUUUCGAUGUUAUCGACGCAGUCAUCAUUCUCGCUAACGGUACACUGCCCAGAUUAGGUGCUGCGACCGAAUAUACGCUUACCACAAUUUCCGGCAUGUUUCCCAAUUCCAUCGUCGACAAUAUCGCCUUCGUGCUUACCAUGGUAUCUAACCCUUCAUCAAAUAACUUCACGAGGACCUCGCUACCAAAGCAAUUGCAGAACUCUCGCAUAUGGCCAGUUGACAAUCCCUUUGCACAGUGGUUAAAGUAUCAAAAAGAGCUCCUGAAGGAUCCGCCUAUUAGUGAAGAUGAUUUGCAAGAAAUGUUGGGAAGUGCUCGUCGUGGAUACAACAAGACAUUGAAGAUGCUCUCGGAGCUAUUCCAAUACCUAGACAAGUGCAGGGUCCAACCGACUCACAGCAUCUUCGACCUCUACAUCAUGUCGACAGAUAUCGAGGUCCGCAUUUCCAACGUGAUUGCAGGUAUGACUCAGACGGAGGAUAAACGCAUGAAAUUGAAGAAGCUACAAGAAGAUUAUCAGACCCUAGGCCAUACGAUGACGAGAGAGAAAUAUGAGAGGAUCAUACAAUCCCCUGUCUACGAACACGAAGACACUGGUUCCGUGCACAAUACCCUCUGCGUCGCCGGAAACUGUUACAAGAAUUGCCAUACUAAGUGCACCGUUGGAUUUACUAUGGAUCGGGAGACUCUUGCUAGGAUGUGCGCUUCUUUCGAGGAGACACCUGGUGUUGCGCUGCUAAAGCGUCGCUGUAAAGACUGCGGCCAUCUAGCUGAAGACCAUCAGCACUAUCGAUCGCAAUGGGUGAAGAAGAUCAAGACAGAUACAGUCAUUGACCGGGAGGUCCUGCGGCGUUACGAAGCGGCGAAAAGCGAGUCUGACCAGGUUACGAUUCUAAUGGCAGGAUCCCAGAAGGAAAUCAAGCAGCUUGAGGAGAAUAUUGUUGGGUUCGAGAAGGAACUUACAGAUCUUUGUGAAAAGUAUAACAAACUUUCGCUUUCUGGGAGUUUCAUUGGAUAUAUAUCCUCUGCAAUCAGUUUAUUGAGCAUUCGCCAGGUGACCCUGGUGAAGGAUGGUAGCGAUCCUGAGGCCAUAGACAGGAUGGCCAAACGGAUCGAGCGCUUGGAGAAAAAGCGGAAGGUGCUCGAGGAGGCUGAGAAGCAGAGGGGAAGGAAAAAGUAGCAACACUCGUGUUCCAUAUAAUAAUAAUAGAACCUCAGCAAUCCAAGUAUAAACGGAUAGUCCGAUAACUGGAAGGGCAAUCCUUUUCGUGACUUGAUUCCGCUGAGUGGCGGGCAACCCGGUGAAGAAAGAGGGAGCUGUUGGGUUUCUUCCACACCAGACUGAUUUAUGCAGCUUCUCUCUAGUGAGAUUCCGCGCAAUGAGUGUCAUGAUAAGCAUAUGUUGCAAGCGACACAGUUGAAAACAAACGUCCCAGUUAGAGGAAAAAACUCGUCUCUGAACACCAUCAUGAUCAUCUUGAGCACUAUUAGCAGGCGAUCCCGUUAAACUCCGGCAAGGUGACCAUAAAAAAGCGGUUUGUCGGACAUGAUUUUAAC